AUGCUGCGCCUGUUCUUGUUCCACCUGCUAGGAAGUUGGCUGCUACUGAGCCAACUUCCCAGAGAGAGCCAAGGCCAGGACAUGGAAAUUUUCACUAAGUGCAACCUCGAAUUAGUCCGUUUCUACAUCCAUGUCUGCGGCACUCACAUCUGGGCAGAGGACAUGAGGAAGCAGCGUAAGCCAAGAUCUGGACCAUCUGCAGAAAUCAUGCCAUUUUCCACCACCAAGACUGCAGAACCCUUAAAUAUGAGGAUGGAAUUCAUUCCUAGUUCUCAGACAACACUGGCUGAGAGGCAGCCAUUAUUGACAGAGCUACUACAACAAGCUUCAUCAAAGGAUAUAAAUCUUAACUUUGAAGAAUUUAAGAAAAAUGGUCUCCAGAGACAAAGUGAAACAGAAAACAAAAGUCUUUCAGAAUUAAAAAACAUACGCUUAGUUAAACAUUUCCUAAAAAAGAGAGAGGUCUCUUACCUAUUAUCUGAUAAGUGUUGUAAUGUAGGCUGUACCAAAAAAGAGGUGGCUGCCUACUGCUGAAAUGAAACUAAUUGUGCAUUUCAUGUAAUGUUCACAUGUAUUUGCAAUGACUUUCACUGAUGCCUCCAUCACCCCACUGACUAUUAGAAUAUGAGAAAUCGUUUUUAGUGUUUGGGUCUUUAAUUUUGUGUGUAAGAAAAUAUUCCUUGUACUAUUGUAGUUUCUG